CAUCGCAUCACUUCCUUUUAAGCUCGGCGCCUGGGAGGUGGGGCCCACGCGGAGUCAACAUGAGGAUCGAGAAAUGUUAUUUCUGUUCCGGGCCGAUCUACCCUGGCCACGGCAUGAUGUUUGUCCGCAACGACUGCAAGGUGUUCCGAUUUUGCAAAUCCAAGUGUCAUAGAAACUUCAAGAAGAAGCGGAAUCCACGCAAGGUCAGGUGGACUAAAGCCUUCCGGAAGGCAGCUGGCAAGGAGCUCACGGUGGACAACUCAUUUGAAUUUGAAAAACGUAGAAACGAACCUGUGAAAUACCAGCGAGAGCUAUGGAAUAAAACUAUUGAUGCAAUGAAGAGGGUUGAAGAGAUCAAACAGAAACGGCAGGCUAAGUUUAUAAUGAACAGGCUGAAGAAAAACAAAGAGCUACAGAAGGUUCAGGAUAUCAAAGAAGUCAAACAGAACAUCCAUCUUAUCCGGGCUCCUCUUGCAGGCAAAGGAAAGCAGCUGGAGGAGAAAAUGGUCCAGCAGCUACAGGAGGAUGUGGACAUGGAGGGCGCUGCCUAGCGGUGCCGCCUGCAGCCAGCCCCGUGCACACUGGAAGCCAGUGGAGACUGCGUCCCUAAGUUAUUGAUGGUUACAUAAUGUCCCCCAGGCAAAGGUGACUCACAUGCUUCUCUCCAGUGCAGCCUGUAAAAGCAUCUAUCGCGGGUGUUAGGUCUCAACUCAGUUCUCUGCUUCACUGUGUUAUGCUCACAGAAACACCAAAGUUUGUGUGUAGAUGAAGGUGUGAACCCUGGGCAUAACAUGGAGUCGUUGCUUAAUGGCACCAGGCAACAUUUCUGCACAGACUGUCAUGCUAGUAUGAAAUUUGUAAUAAAGUAAUAUUUUCCUUGCA